ACACUUUUUCCUGGUUGACCCACACUCCAUUUCAUCGUAUUCCCUUCCUCCCGUUUGCAUCUCAGAAUUGUUUUUCCUCAUUUCUUCUCAAAUUUGCUCAAAAUUCACCCAACAAUUGAUUCCCUUUCUCCCAUUUCGAUCUCAGAAACUUUUGUUCCAUAUUUCUUCUCAAAUUUGUUCAAAAGGUUAAGGAAUGAUUGAAGCUCUUCUCAAUUUUUUCUCCCUAUUUCAUCUCAUAAAUCAUUAAAAAAAAUUGAUUCCCUCCUCAAUUGAUUCCUUCAAUUUCCUCUUUAAUCGAUUUCCCCUUCAAUACUUAUUCAUCUCAAUCGAAUUUCUCUUACGAUUCAGCAUUUUACGAUUCAAGCUCAGGAUUCAGAUUCAACAAUACAAUAAUAACAGUACAACACAACGAUUGUAGUUCUAAUUCCAACUCAAAAUCGAGUCAAAAGCUUGGUUGUUCGGCACCUCCUUUAUUCUACGCACUCCUUUCUGUUUAUCCUGCGCUACUUUCACCCGUUUCGCGGACUCAAAUCCUCAAUUACGCGUCUUCGCUCUUUCGUCUCAUUUCAGGAAAGAAUCAUGAGUUGUUUCAGCUGUUGCGAAGAGGAGGAGUAUCAUAAGGCUGCUGAAAGUGGUGGACCAUAUGUUGUAAAGAAUCCAGCCGUUAAUUUGACUCAUAUAAGUUAGAGGAGUGCAUUAGGGAUGAUCUCUGUCCACUGGAAAUUCUAGAUGAUCUUGAUUGAUGUGUGUUUUAGGCUAUACCUAAACUCAGUGAGGAUAAGGUCAGGCAAUGUGUUGAUACAAGACUACGAGGAGAAUACCCACCAAAAGCUGUUGCUAAGGGACCUUAACCCUUUGCAUGAUAUCAUCAAUCAAGAUGACUACAAGGAAAAGUACUUUAAAAGCUUAAUUCCUCUUGGCCUGAAAUAUGCCGAGAUAUGGUUGGAAUUGAUAGACACGACAGUAAAAGAGACAGAUGAAUAUCAAAUUUUUGACAAUCUUGAAGCACAGCAUAGAUAUCUGACAUGGAGAGCCGAAAAGGAUCCGAGACAAGGUGUUUUGAAGAAAUUGAUAGGUGACACACUUGCCAAGGAUUUAUUAAGAAGUUUUCUCUUUAAUGGAGUCAACGAACUAGGAAGCAAAAAGUUCCAUGACUAUUUUCCACACUACAACGGCGAGAAAGGGAGUCUAAAUAAGAAAGGUGGUAUUAUUGGAAAGUCUUUUGAAAAUCGACCGUGGGAUGCAAGAGGAGAAUUCCUUGGUCGAUGAAUACAGUAGCUUUGCUCUCAAACUGUUAUACAAGGCAUGUAGCUGGUAAUAUUUCUUCAUAAGUGGAGAAAUAUAUCACUUUUGUAAAGAUUUUAUGAUUUAAUUAGUGGAGAAAUAUUUUUUUUAUGAUCUAA